AUGUUGCUAUUACUUAAUGCAGCUUGUCUUGGAUUUGAAAUUUUAAAAUAUAUAGUUUUUAACGAAAUUGAACGGGAAGAUAUUCCGAUGAAUUCAACUAUCGAAAACAUUUACAUAGCAUUGACGGCUGUAACUCUUCUUAAAGAUGCAACCUAUACCAUAUUCCUUUUACAAGAUCUAGGUCGAGUCCCAUUAUUGUGUCCUCAAACUUACCACUACAAAUCAAAAACACUUAAUCACGCUUGCUUAAUCAGAAUGAUAAGUUUCUUCUUAAUGUGGUCGUAUACUGGCAUAUUUGGCCUUUCGAUCCUUGUUGAAAUUACACAACAAUAUUCGUGUAAUCACAAAUCUGAUAACGAUUUAGAGAAUUUAGAUUAUUCGGAAAAAGUGCAAGGAAGAUCAUUUCGUCCUCUGUCCUCGACUUCUGAGAUGCCAACGCUUUCUGAAAAUAAUGUUUCAAGAAAUGAAACAUCCGUAAAUGGUUCUCAUAGUCGGAGUUAUAAUGGGGUAAUAUCAAAAAACCAGUUUUCGCCGUUAUUUCGACAAAAACCCACUUAUAGAAAUUCUAUAUUUUCUCCACCUUCUCAUGAGCCGAAAUAA